AUUUUCUCAUCGUCAUUUGGCACUGAAUACCCUUGGCUGCACGAUCAGUAUCAGAAUGUCAAAGAUUCUUUUAUUCGUUGCGUUGCUUGUCGCAGUUGCAGUAGCAUUACCAGCACCACAACUUCAAGGCUCUCCUUCAGAUCUUCAAUGGAUAAUCAGAACAGAACCGGAGUCCGUUCGUCUUAAACGUACCGCGUAUGGUGGAUAUGGUGGAUAUGGCGGUGGUUUCGGCUACGGAUACGGUGGCGGAUUCGGUGGACAUGGCGGUUUUCGAGGCCAUCAUCAUGGUCAUAACCAUGGUUAUGGAGGACACCGAGGAUUCGGACAUCACGGUGGUUACGGAUGCAGAGGAGGAUGCGGAUAUGGACGAUGAAGGACUUAAAGAAAUGGCCACUGCUCAUUGAGAAUGGAUUUUUGUAACAUAAUAAAUUAUA